AUGGCGGACUCUGAAUUGCCCCACCGGCCCAAGCCCGAGGAAACGAAAGACGCCGCACCCGCGGAGGGCGGAGACAGCAAGAGCGCAAGCAAGAAUGCGCUGAAGAAGGCGGCCAAGGAUAAGGCCAAAGCAGAGAAGGCGGCGGCGCGGGCGGCACAGGAAAAGGCCCAGGCCGCCGCACAGGAUGCCAAUGACACGGCCAAGGAUCUGUACGGUCCAAUCCCCGAAUCCGAGGACGUUAUUGCCUCGACGCAUUUCAAAGAGCUGUCGGACAACCACUACGAGAAGGAGGUGACAGUUGUCGCCCGUGUGGACAAUGCGCGCGUGCAGAGCGCCAAGCUGGCGUUCUUGAUGCUGCGCCAGCAGGGACAAAAGGUGCAGGCGGUCAUUGCGGCUGCUGAGCCCAUCUCGCGACAGAUGAUCAAGUAUACUGGUGGGCUCAACGUCAACUCCAUCAUCCAAGUCACCGGUAUCGUCAAGAAGCCCGAAAUCCCCAUCUCGUCUGCGACACUCAGCCACCUCGAAAUCCACAUCCGCAAGGUGUAUAUGAUCUCCGAGGCUGCCCAGCAGCUGCCCAUGCAGGUCAAGGAUGCCGAGCGUCCGCCUCCCGAGACCACGGAGGAGGGUCCUCAGGUCGACGCCGAGGGUGCGCCCAUCGUCACGCUGAAGACUCGUCUCGACAAUCGGGUCCUCGAUCUGCAGACGGAGACCAGCCAGGCUAUCACGUGGAUCUCCAGCGGUGUCUCGGAGCUGUUUGCCGAAUACAUGCUGAAGAGUGGCUCGCGGUGGAUCUUCACUCCCAAGCUGGUGGGCGCAGCCACCGAAGGCGGCAGCAACGUCUUCGAGGUCAAGUACUUCAAGCGCAACGCCUUCUUGGCCCAGAGCCCGCAGCUCUACAAGCAGAUGUGUAUCGCUGGUGAUAUGGACAACGUGUUCGAGAUUGCACCCGUGUUCCGCGCCGAGGACAGCAACACCCACCGCCACUUGACCGAGUUCGCCGGUCUCGAUUUCGAAAAGACCUUCCGCAGCCACUACCACGAGGUGCUGGAGUUCGCCGAGGACCUUUUGGUAUUCAUCCUGUCGCAGCUCAAGGAGCGAUACGCCCCGCAGAUCGCCACGAUCCAGAAAUCCUACCCCAAGGCCGGCGACUUCAAGCUGCCCAAGGACGGCAAAGCCCUGCGCCUGAACUACAUGGACGGAGUGGCGCUGCUGAAGGAGGCGGGCGUGGAUGUGUCGGAGCAGGAGCGAUUCGAGAACGACUUCUCGACGGCGAUGGAGAAGCAGCUGGGCCAGAUCAUCCGCGACAAGUACGACACCGACUUCUACGUACUGGACAAGUUCCCCAUGGCGGUGCGCCCCUUCUACACCAAGGCGGACCCCAAGGACCCGCGAUUCUCCAACUCGUAUGACUUCUUCAUGCGCGGCGAGGAGAUUAUGUCGGGUGCCCAGCGUAUCCACGACAUCGCUGAGCUGCAGGCCUCGAUGCGGACUAAGGGCCUGAACCCGGACCAGGAAGGCUUCGAAGACUACCUGAACGCUUUCCGUCAGGGCUGUCCGCCGCAUGCCGGUGGUGGCUUGGGCUUGAACCGUAUCGUCAUGUUCUUCCUGGGUCUGCCCAAUGUGCGUUUGACGUCGCUCUUCCCCCGAGACCCACAGCGGCUGCGUCCGUGA